AUUAACUCACUUAGCUCUUCUACCCUUACUUGGAAACGUGUUCCUUCAGUUUUACAGAUAGUACAAGGUUGGCAAGUUAAAAUCAGUCAAGUAAAACUUUGAAUUUCAGAGUUUAAAUGACUUUAGGUAGCCUAGCCUCAAGGAGGUGACUGGUUUGACGAGUCUGCAUUUCCCUACUCAACUGGAUUGGUAGCAUAGCAAGGGAACCUCUGUCUCAUGUGAAUACAGCCAGUCAGCUCAUUCCGGCUGAGAUCUUGUAAAAAGCAGCUGUGACAAGUGUCAACCAAGGCAAUCUGUUCUGAAAGCGUCAAAAGCAGUAAAUGGGCUCUAUCAGGAAGAAGUUGGUGAUCGUUGGGGACGGUGCUUGUGGGAAGACAUGUCUGCUCACGGUUUUCACCAAAGACCAGUUCCCUGAAGUCUAUGUGCCUACUGUAUUUGAGAACUAUGUGGCAGACAUUGAAGUGGAUCAGACAAAGAUACAGUUGGCACUUUGGGACACAGCAGGUCAGGAAGACUAUGACCGACUGAGGCCGCUUUCCUAUCCAGACACUGAUGUAAUCCUUCUGUGCUUCUCUGUGGUCAGCCGGGACAGUUUAGCAAAUGUUAAAGAAAAGUGGACUCCUGAAGUGAGACACUUCUGUCCUCACGUCCCCAUAGUCGUGGUGGGGAACAAAACGGAUCUUCGCAACGAUGAGAAUACCAGAAAAAUGCUUACCAAACAGAACGAGGAGCCAAUUAAAUAUGAAGAGGGCAAAGACAUGUCUAACCAAAUCGCUGCCUACAGCUACCAGGAGUGUUCUGCUAAAAACAAAGACGGCGUGAGGCAAGUCUUUGACACUGCAGCUAAGGCAGCGUUGACGAACAACAGCCGUGGGAAGAAGAAUCACUGUGUGCUUUUAUAAACUCUGGUGAAAAAUGGUGCGCUAUCCUGAAUCAUUCAUGAAGGGCAGAUCUCAAAUCUUUAGAACUUAAACGGAGGGAGGAAUUUAAAGCCAAGGCGUUUCAAACCAAGGCUGAUCUGUACCUUAAGAAGAACAAAGACAGGAAUAGCUGCGCUUCGGAAAAAACUAUAAGAGUCAUGACCUUGUACAAAAUCAAUUUGUAAUUUGGUUUAAAAAUAAUAAUUGCUAAUAGUAACAUAAACCUUUCCUAAUACCAUAACACCAUAAACAAAGGCACAGUCACAUUAAAAUUUUAAGUGCCGAGACAUUUUUGUACCACACUGUGAAAUUCAUUAACCAGAGGAUCAAUUCACAAAUGGCUGAAUUAGCCUUCCUAUUUUGUCUCUGAGUCCAAGAUAUACUGUAUUAUCUUCACGAGGCAUUGUAUAUUUUAAGUCAUCAUAUCUCCAUAAUACUGUCCUGUAUACCUAUGAUCUUUUGUGACAGGUUUUUCAGCCUUAAUUUAACUGUGUAACUCAAUUAUCAUGAGAUUCUGAAUAUAGUACAUAAACUAAUAUUCUGUUACUGGUGAAAUGUUUCUUGUUAGUAACAAAUUUUGGUUGUGGUAUCUUUUUUUAAGUAUUUUUGUUUUUGUGAGUACUUUUUGUUGCAUUCAGUUAUCAUUUACUGUAACAGUUUGAUGUUUAUUUUUAUGCCUCUCAUAAAAUUUAUUUCAUGCUUUCAUAUUUGGUCAAACGUUUUACUAAAUAGCCUAGGAUCACAUCCAAUUUCAGAUUUACUUGCCAUAUUGUCAAGAGAUUACAUAAAAUUUGUAGAACACUUCGGUCUUUUUCUUUAAUGUAAGGAUAUUGUGUUGCUCAAAUACUUUAUUGAACAGCAGCUUCAACAGAAACUGUAAUAUACGAAUAUGUAUUGUACUUACAGGAAAAUGCAAGCAGUAGUGCAUGCUAUAAUGUUUUGUAAAGGUAUUUCUUUCAGUGAAGUGAAUGAAAAAGAAAUAAGGCAGA